AUGUUACCAUCCCAAAGGAAGAUAUCUUCAUCACAGGCAACCGAAAUAGAUUUAGCCGAAAAAUCUGGAAUCCGUCUUAAUGCUGCAUUUGAGCUCAUGGGUAAUGAAGUUGGUGGAAGGGAGUCGCUUGGGUUUACAAAACUUGACCAAAAAAAUUAUUUGAGAACGAAGAGGCAAAACAGUUUAGCAUAUGGGGAGGCAGGUAGCAUUUUGCAAUAUUUUCGUGACAAAUCAUUGGAGAAUCCAUCUUUUUUUUACUCGGUCCAAUUAGAUAACGAGGAGCAGAUUACGAACAUAUUUUGGGCCGAUGCUCAGAUGAUCAUGGAUUAUGGGCAAUUUGGUGAUGUUGUCACUUUCGACACUACUUACAAGUUAAAUAGUGCACAUAGACCCUUUGCGUCUUUUGUUGGAUUGAACCAUCAUAGGGAAACUGUGGUAUUUGGUGCAGCUUUGAUGUAUGAUGAGACUGCCGAUUCUUUCGUAUGGCUUUUUAGAAGAUUCUUGGAGGCAAUGUCAAGUAAGGCUCCAAAAACAAUUUUUACGGAUCAGGAUGCUGCAAUGGCUAAGGCCAUACCUAUUGUCAUGCCUAACACAACCCACCGCCUUUGCACUUGGCAUUUGAUGCAAAAUGCAUUAAGGCAUGCAAAUUCUAUCUUCAAGGAUAAGUCGAUGAAGGAUAAGGGGGUGAAGAGUGUUUUAUACACGUUUAUGUACGACAUUGAGGAUGAGGAAGAGUUUAUUUAA